AUGAGCGGUUUACCAAUCAGUGUUUACGACCAAGAUAAAAUUGGCAACUCGCUCGCUUUAGUUCGUGUCGGUGAGGAGAACUUAGCCUGGGGCGAUCGGCGCUACGCUCUCAAUCAGCACUUAGUCGUGCGCGACAAAAGUCAAAUUAUCGGUUUGGCCGGUCUUGGUCCGAUUGACUUUUACCGGGCUAACGAGUUGACCAAACGGCUUGUCAUUGAAGUGGCGGUUUUUAACCGCGCCGAUGUGCUCAAAAACCUAGCCUUAACCGCGUCUAGCGGCGUUAACGCCCACGGACAAAUUCACAGCCGUGCACUCGGGAUCGGAGCCGUUUUAAGAGCGCUCAGUUUUUUAGAGAGUCGUUUAGAUCGACUGACUAGUUUAACCGGUUUUAAAUUGCCGCCCCGGCGUUUAAUCGCGCUUGAUAACCAGACUUUAACCCAAGUCGCGGGUCAAGACAUUAGUCAAAGCGAUAAAUUCGUGGCGGCCAUGCUCAGUUUGGAAACGAUUGGUUUUGAAAUUGACCGCGGUAAGAUCGCUUUGCCCUACGAUCGUCAAGACGUGGUUGACCAAUUUGAUUUGGCGAGCGAAAUUCUCCGUUUUUACGGGCUCAACUUUUUAAAGCCAAGACCGCCUUUACCGAGUCGGGGCGAGAUCGUGGCACCCGAACAAUUGGUUUGGAAAUUAGUCGGCUUUGGACUGAGCCAAGUUGUUUCCUACCUUUUAGUCGAUUGGGAAGCUAACCGCUUUGACUUUUUUAAGUUAGGUCGGCCGAUCAAACUGCUAGACUAUCCUUCCAAACUUUACAGCAGCAUUCGCAAUUCGUUGGUGAGCAGUUUUUUGCCGAUCGUGGACUACCAUCUCAAACGUAAAAUAACGCGGCUGGGAUUUUUUGAAAUCGGUCAAGUUUACCUUGACACCCAAGUGCUCGGACUUUGUCAGAGCGAGACCGAUUUUGAGACUUUUAAAGCCAAGGUGGUCGCCCUUUGCCCGCCGGGUGUCACUUUUGCUCCGAGCAGUUACGCUUAUCUGCACCCGGGUCAAAGCGCCGAAAUUUAUUUGGGUAAACAAAAGAUCGGCUACCUUGGCCAACUUCACCCCGCUUUUUACGACCAGCCGGUUUACUUUGCCGAGAUUAAUUUAACAACCUUGGCUAAGGUUAAAUCUGAAAGAGUCAGUUUUACGCCCUACUUAAAUCAGCCGCUCAAAGUGCGCGAUUUGACCGUUAGUCUCAAGGCUAGUCAGAGCAUAGCCACAAUCACGGCCCAGAUCAAAGCGAUCCCCGGCGUCUGA